GGCAUGGACAAGCUCAAGCGGGUGCUGAGCGGCCGCGAUGCGGAGGAGCCAAGCGGCCUGGCUGAGGUUAUUGAUGCGACUUCGUUAGGUUGGGGCACCAGAGUGAAAGGCUUCGUUGCUUGUUUUGCAAUAGGAUGCCUGUGCUCGCUCUUGGGUAGUUGUCUGCUAUGGGUACCAAAGAAAGGGCUGAUCCUCUUUGCGGUGUUUUAUACACUGGGGAAUAUUGCAUCUAUUGGGAGCACUCUUUUUCUUAUGGGACCAAUGAAACAAUUGAAAAGGAUGUUUGAGCCUACACGUUUGAUUGCUACUAUUGUUAUGCUAUUGUGUCUCAUACUAACACUGUGUUCUGCUUUCUGGUGGCGUAAGGAAGGACUUGCACUCCUUUUCUGCAUCUUUCAGUUUUUUGCCUUGGCAUGGUACAGCAUUUCCUUCAUACCAUUUGCAAGGGAUGCUGUGAAGAAAUGUUUUUCGGUCUGUCUGUCCUAACAGGAAUACUGGAUGCUUCACAAAGUUCUAGGAAGUAUAGUAGAACUAUGUUAAGAUCACUGUGUAUGUAUUUUUCUACUUCUGUCUUAAACAUGUGCCUUUCAGCUUGUUGUUAGAAGCUCCUUGUGUUAAAUCCAGUGUAUGCAAUUGCCUGGUUUUGUAAGCAAUGGUGUCUGUAGGACAG